AUGUCCGAUCAGGAAAACAACAGUCGUCCUUCUAGUCCGACCCGCAACCCAACCCAGACAGAAGACGGUGCCCCUCCCACACCUAAGACAGAUACCCAGACACCCACCAAGAAGCCUCCCAAGCUCGGCAAGAAGAAGCAGCAGCAGCAGCAGCAGCAGCAGCAGCAGCAGCAGCAGGAGUCGAAGCCUGAGCCUGAACCUGAACCAGCACAAGAACAAGAACAAGAACAACAAGAAGAAAACAAAGAGGAUCCUCCAGACAACACCAAGGAAGACCCUCAACCUCAAGAAGAUACCAACAACGCCAACGCCAACGGCGAAGCCACAGAACAAGACCAAGAGCAAGAACAAGAACAACCACAACAACAACAAGAACAACCCCGCCCCCGCAGGAGAAAACCUCAACCUCAACGCUACCGCCCCGACUCAGACACAGAAAGCAUCCCCCGCCCCGAAAUGGACAACAACAACGCCGCCAUGGAGAAGCCCCGCCGCCGCCGCCAGCGUCCCCAGAUGCAGCAGCAACAGCAGCAACAAGACGGCGGCCCACUUGGCGGCCUCGGCGGCGUGAACCAGGUCGGCGAUCUCGUGCAGAACACCGCAGGCAACGCACUGAACGGAGUGACGGGGUCAGCGGGCAAGGCUGUCGGCGGGCUGCUGGGUGGAAACAAAGAGGAGAAAGAGGAUGGGCGAGACGAGCAGUUGCGGCUAAGGCUGGAUCUGAAUCUGGAUAUUGAGGUGCAGCUCAAGGCGAAGAUUCAUGGUGAUUUGACGUUGGGAUUAUUGAACUGA